CCCACCCAACAUAUCAAACCCCAACCUAUCUUGCCAAUGGCGGUCAUCCACCAUCUCAACCGCUACUCAGAGGGACACUGUCUCGGCCCGGCCAAUUGCCCGGCCGGACCUUCGCCCAUGAUCACAGGGAGAACAUCCUUUGCUUCCCAUGGCCAUGAAGAAGAACCAAGACUCCCAGUUGGUCAUGGGCCGGUACAGGCUGGGCCAACUCCUCGGCAGCGGCAACUUCGCUAAGGUGUACAAGGCCCAUAAGGUGGCCACCGGCGAGGCUGUGGCCGUCAAGGUGCUGGACAAGGAUGCUGUGCACCGCUCCGGCAUGGCGGAGAAGGUGAAGACCGAGGUCGACGUGAUGCGGCGCGUGCGCCACCCGAACGUCGUCCGCCUCCACGAGAUGAUGGCCACGCGGUCCAAGAUCUACUUCGUCAUGGAAUACGCCAGCGGCGGGGAGCUCUUCGCGCGCCUCGCCCAGAGCACGCGGUUCCCGGAGCCCGUGGCGCGCCGCUACUUCCAGCAGCUGAUGACGGCCGUCGAGUUCUGCCACAGCCGCGGCGUGUACCACCGCGACCUCAAGCCUGAGAACCUCCUCCUUGACGCGCGCGGCGACCUCAAGGUCUCCGACUUUGGGCUCAGCGCGCUGCAGGACGGCCGUGGCGGCCGCCAGCUGCGCGGUGACGGCCUCCUGCACACCGCGUGCGGCACGCCGGCGUAUGUCGCCCCCGAGGUUCUCUUGAAGACUGGCUACGACGGCGCCAAGGCGGACAUCUGGUCAUGUGGCGUGAUCCUCUUCGUGCUCCUGGCAGGCUACCUCCCGUUCAACGACACCAACCUGAUACUGGUGUACCGGAAGAUCACACAGAGCAACUACAAGUGCCCACCGUGGUUCUCUGUCGAGGCGCGCAAGCUCCUCGCCAGGCUGCUAGACCCCAACCCCAGGACUAGGAUCACCAUCUCAAAGGUCACGGCAAAUCCAUGGUUCCAGAAAGGACUCUGCCCUCUCACCACCGACAAGCCCCUCGACUUGUGGGAGACCUCCGAGGUGCUCGGCAAGGAAAAAGCCUGCAGGUGCCGCCACCACCAGCGCGACGACGCCGACGCCGACGCCGACGCCGACGACGAGGAGAACACCAGGAAGAGGAAGCGGUCGAAGGUGACGGUGUCUUCACCACCGACCGUUGCCGUGAGGCCUUCGAGCAUGAACGCCUUUGACAUCAUCUCCCGAUCGAGCGGGCUGGACCUGUCCAAGAUGUUUGACGAGGAGCACAGGUCAGAGGCACGGUUCUCUUCCAGAGAAUCCACGGCGGCGAUCAUGUCCAAGCUGGAGGAGAUCGCUGAGACGCGGAAUCUCGACAUCAAGCUAAACAAGAGGGGCAGGGUCGAGAUGGAGGGCGGUCAGUACUGUCGGAGAGGCACGCUUGUCAUCGAGGCAGAGAUCUUCGAGGUGGCGCCAUCGGUGCGCGUGGUGGAGAUGAGGAAGAUUGGCGGUGACUCGCCCGAGUUCCGAGAGUUCUACAGGCAGGAACUGAAGCCAUCGUUAGGUGACAUUGUAUGGUCGUGGCAGGGCAGUGAUUCGCCUCCUACUCCCUUGCUGCCGCCGGCGCUGAGGCAGGCAACCAACCAACGUCCAUGAUUUCCUCUGCAUAAAAAAAUUUGCAGUGGAAUUUUGGCACUUAUGGUUCACUAAAAACAUGAUGUUAAACAUAUUGUUACUAUUAAGGGUGGCUGGCAAAUGAUUUGUCACUGUCAUAGGGACGCUGUACUAGUAGCAUAACAUUUGUGAUAAUAUAUCAUCACGGGCUCAUAAUAGAUAUGACAAUGAAAAUGAUUUUUAUUGA